AUGGGAGUUGCAGUCCAUUUUUUGUCGUCCAAGUUUAAUGCAGCAAAAGGGACGGAGUACAAAGGGUCGAUUUAUGAUGCUGGGCCCACAUUUGAAUCACAUGGGGUCCCACAUGGUUCAGCUGAUUUGGUUAAGGCUGUUCCCGACAAACACAAGAAGUUUCUUGCUGAUAUUGUUUGGGUCCAUGAAGAGGAUAAUGUCUGCGUAGAGACUGCAGAUGGGACCAAACACUGUAGAUUGAUUGCUGUGCAUGCUGGUUUAGAGAAAGAUAAAGAUGCCAAGCAGCAGUCGGCGUUUUUGAAAGCCAAAGACACCCGGGUGCCUAAGAUAGAGGCUCUGAGUGGGAGGAAAAAUGUAUGGGAUAUACCAAAGGAACUGACAGAGAAACCAACUGUUGUCGUAAGUGGUCAUCACGCGAAACUGAACAUUGAAGGCCUCAGACUGAUCAUUGAUGAAGGUGGUGGUAUGGCGGAAAGACCAGUGGUUGCAGUUGUGCUCCCCUCUAUGAAAAUAGUCCGCGAUACAGAUGCGUUGACAAACUAGUUUCAAAUCUGGGGUACAUACUUACAUUGUCAUAUACUAUACUCAUAAUAAAGUAUCUAUUUGAUAGCAAAA